GCAAAGUGGCUUCUGAUUGGCCUGGGAGAGCCCCGAACUCAACGGAGUCGAUAUUCAUUCAGCUUGCUCAAGUGCUUGCUAAACUGCAUCCAAACACUGGCAGGCCCUGGCUGCCUCUGCCGAGGUUGGAGUGGGUAACCUGCCUAACGAGAUUAGUGGGAAAGGGGAAGGGGCUCUUCUCUGCAGCGACACUGCAGCUGCCAGCACCGGUGAGAAAAACUGCUGCGGGCUGGGUUUGCCAAGGUUUGCCUGAAGGUGAACGUUUCAUGGGAAGCUUUACAGGGCACAUCCAGUGAGAUGGCAUCAGACAGCGAGGUUAAAACCCUACUGAACUUUGUCAACCUGGCCUCCAGUGACAUCAAAGCGGCUCUGGAUAAAUCAGCUCCCUGUCGCCGGUCAGUUGACCACAGGAAAUACUUGCAAAAGCAGCUCAAGCGAUUUUCUCAGAAGUACUCCCGGAUCCCUCGGUGCCACCCCAGCAAACCCACCGAGUGUGGCUGGCGCAGGGGGGCAGAGGACAGGGGCCAUAGACCUCUGCCCGAGGCACCUGACCCCAGCCCCCAUGGUGGGGCUGCUGCAGAGAGGGUGCUGCAGACAGCAGCGGGGGAGGACAGCCUCCCUGAGGAACGGAUUUUGCAGGAGCAAAACCCUGAAGCCACCAGACCAGACCAGGUGCCCAUGAGGAAGCGACAACUCCCUGCCUCCUUCUGGGAAGAGCCACAGCCGGCCCAGAGCCUGCUGGCCAGGGCCUAUCCCACCAGCCCCGAGGGGCUCCGAGCCCCCGGAGACCCUCCUCCCUCUGAGGGGAAGAAAAGCAAACGGAGCCCUGACACUGGUGGUCCAGAGAGUCCCCCUGAGCCUACCCCACAUGCUGGGGACAAGGACCCUGCUGGCGUCCUGUCAGGUCAGGUGGGUGCCUGGACCUGCUGCCCCUUCCCCUGCCCUGGGCCAGGGGUGUACCAGCCCCCUGGCACACUGUCCCAGUCGCCCUUCCUCGGGCUGGGGCUGUGGAGGAAGAGUGCCGCCACACUGUCGGCGGAGGUGCCGCAUUUCUGCAAGGAGGCCGAUGGCAUGGGACAGAAACUCUACAGGCCGGUGGUUUUGAAACCCAUCCCCACCAAGCCUGCUGUACCCCCACCCAUCUUCAAUGUUUUCAGCUAUCUUUAGCCAGGGGUGUUGGAGUCACGCUGAGCACCACAGCUCCUGAGAGUGGAUUGAAACAUCCGGCUGGGCACCAGGCAUGAGCUGCUGGCAGCGUGAAGCAGCAGGGGGAAGGAGGCUGGCAAUCACACCCUCUUCCUUGUGGUCAGGCUGGAGUGAAUUAGUAACUGUUGGAAAGCUACUCAGGCUCCACUCUCCUCUCAGUAUACAGGUGUAAACUGAGAAUAAGCCUUACAAAGCUGGUGGCUUGGAACAUGAGGCAAACCAGAGCUCUUUCAUCAACGGGCAUUGUCUGUGCUGCAGAGAGCAGGGCUGUGGGUCAUUCAUAGCCACACUUGUAACACCUAGGAGACCUCCUCCAUGUGGGAAGAUCUUUCCAGGUUUGCCCUGCAGCAACAGCAGUGAAAUGAAAUGAAUUAAACCCAUUCAAAGAGUUUUCAUACUUUAAAAUAAUUCCAGAGAAGUCAAGAUAUUCAGGUCAAUUCCUUUUGCAUGCAAGACACUGGAAGGACGGUAUUUAAUGUAGAAACCACACUUGUGAAUUGAUUUAAGCUCUUCUUGCACUUAAAUACUGAGAGAAUUAAAAGAAAAAAAUAUGGGAAGAAAGGAGGUAAUUUUAUUUUGGAGAUUCUGCUGAUGCAGUGUGUUUAUUUUUGCCCCACAGGGUAGGACACAGGUUUGAUUUGCAACUGGUGGGUAGAUAAGAGGGCUGAAAUCUCUGUCUAUUAGAGUGAUAUAAAUCAAAAGCAAUUUUUCUGGGGCUGGGUAAUUAGCUAGUGUUAAGCUGGUGCAAAUGGAAGCAGGAUGAAUUUUCACAUCAGGAUUUGUUCUGCAUCAACAGAACAAAUGAAAAAUUGUAUUACUUGAUUACAAACCCAUAAAAUAUGAUAG